CAGGCCCGCCUCUAGGGCUGGUGGAUCUCGCAGGCUGAUCCAGGGCUGGUGCUCCGGCUCAGCGAGUUGGUGGCGGAGCAGGCUGGCGCUGCCAUCCCCGGCCAUGCAGGAGCUGCCCCGGCGGGGCUCCGCCCUGCCCUUCCUCAGCACCUUCCUGCCGGGCCGCCGCCACUCGGCCUCGGACCCCGUCCCGCAGCCGCAGCGGGGCCGCCGGGGCUCCGCCGCCCAGACGCUGUCCUCGGCCUCCCUGCAGGUGAUGGUGGCCGUGGCCUCCGUCCGCCGCGCCGACGGAGACCCAGCGUGCCUCCCCAGGAAAAGAAAUGCGGGGCGUCCGACGCCAAAGUACACAAAGGUCGGAGAGCGGCUGCGGCACGUGAUCCCAGGGCACGUGGCCUGCUCCGUGGCGUGUGGCGGCAGAGCUUGCAAGUACGAAAACCCGGCGCGCUGGAGCGAGCAGGAGCAGGCCAUCAAGGGGGUCUACUCGUCCUGGGUCACGGACAACAUCCUGGCCAUGGCUCGCCCGUCCACUGAGCUCCUGGAGAAGUACCGCAUCAUCGAGCAGUUCCGAAGCCACGGCAUAAAGACGAUCAUCAACCUGCAGCGCCCCGGGGAGCAUGCCAGCUGCGGGAGCCCCCUGGAGCAAGAGAGCGGCUUCACGUACCUUCCUGAAGCUUUCAUGGAGGCCGGCAUCUAUUUCUACAAUUUCGGCUGGAAGGAUUACGGAGUGGCAUCGCUAACCACCAUCCUGGAUAUGGUGAAGGUGACGACGUUUGCCCUCCAGGAAGGAAAAGUAGCCAUCCACUGUCAUGCGGGGCUCGGUCGGACAGGUGUUUUAAUAGCAUGUUACUUGGUUUUUGCAACGAGAAUGACUGCCGACCAAGCAAUCAUAUUUGUUCGGGCAAAGCGGCCCAAUUCCAUACAGACUCGGGGACAGCUCCUCUGUGUGAGGGAAUUUACUCAGUUUCUCGUUCCUCUUCGCAAUAUUUUCUCUUGCUGUGACCCCAAAGCACACGCUGUUACGCUCGCACAGUAUCUGAUUCGCCAGCGGCAUCUGCUUCACGGGUAUGAGGCCCGCCUCCUGAAACACGUGCCCAAGAUCGUCCACCUCGUUUGCAGACUGCUGCUGGACUUGGCUGAGGACAGGCCGGUGGCGCCGGAAGCGGUGGCGCAGGGGCCCAGCCUGCGUGCGGAAAUCGAGAAGACGGUCUCUGAGGCCGUCGCCGUGCGGCUGGACGGAGAGCUCCUGCAGCAGGGCAGCGACGCCUCCGACUGGGUCCCGCCCGCCGCGGGGGCUGCGGGUGUGGCAGCCCGGGACGGGACUCUUGCCAGCGAGCAGCAGAUCGACCCUCUCUGGAAGAGGCGGAAUGUCGAGUGCCCUCAGCCCCUGACUCCUCUGAAAAGGCAAUUCAGCUUCAGCGACUCCGACUUGAAGAGGGCUGGGUGGCUUCUGGAGCAGGGCGCUCCGUGGACGGGGCCUGCCGCCGCCUCGCAGGGCCGGAACCCGGGGCAGCAGGAACCCGUGAGCCACUGGCACACCCCCCAGUCUCCACCGCUUGAUCCGAGCAAGGAAACGCUGGUCCGAAGUACAUUCUCUUUCUGGAAUCAGGCUAAAUUUGGAGGCCCGGAAGGACUCAGAGAUGAGGGGUCACUGGGCUUCCACAGGGAGACUGUCGCAAAGGAAGUACAGCGGAGCAGAACCUUCUCCUCGGGGCUUUCAGGUUCCUGCAAUCCUGGGGACCCUGGGAGACCCAGCUUUGCAGAUGCCCCUAAGGAACCAGGCCGUUGUCCCCAGCAAGCGCCCUGUCCGUGUGGUGCUCCCGCAGCUCGCCACUCCGAGGCUCCCCGCAGCCCCAGGGGCUGCAGCCUGGGCUGCGGCCCUUGCCGCAAAGCGCCUUCCUCAGUUGGACCCACAGCGCAGGGCGGCAAAGAUCUGCCUGAGGUCGCUGCGCACGCUGCUUCGCAGGCUGAACGGAGUGUGGAAGCCCGGAGAAUACUGGCGGCCAGAGCUCUGGCAAACCUCAGCGAGCCUGCAGAAGAGGAGGGUGUGAAAAGGAAGGUAGAGGUGUGGCAGAAAGAACUAAAUUCCCAAGACGGAGCUUGGGAAAGAAUGUGUGGUGAGAGGGACCCUUCGGUCCUGUGCAGCUUGCUGUGGUCGUGGGUGGAGCAGCUGAAGGAGCCGGUGAUAACGGCGGAGGACGUGGGCCUGCUGGCCGGCAGCCGCGCGGAGGCCGCAGAAGCUCUGUCCCUGCUGGAGCAGGGCCAGUGCCAGACCAUUCUCUGCGUGUUGCACUGCGUCGUGAGCCUGCAGCCGAUCCCUGUGGACGUGGAGGAGGCCAUCCUUGCUCGCGCCAUUAAAGCCUUCACCAAGGGGCCACAGGGCCCUGUCAGCACUGGGCUCCAUGGUGGCCCCAUCGGGCAUCGCCUUGUCUGUGACCUAGCGCCGGUCUCCUGGGCUGCCGCGGCGCUGUCCCGUGAUCUCCGCGUGCCGCGCCCAGGAAGCGAGGGGCUUCUGUCCGAGAGCCCACGACGGCCGGCUUCCCAGUCUCGCCGCAGGAGGACCAGCGUCCGCAGGACCGGCCUCGGCGCUCCCGUCCGCAGAGGUUCUUUGUGUCCUGUGUCUGCCAGUUCUCCAGACGUCUGA